AUGCACCCCUUAGGCCCCCCGAACGCCUACACAGGCCACGUUGCGAGGUCGGUGGAAAUGGGUGCCCCUGCCCGGCACCUCGGUGGUGAUCGGGUAGCACAUUACGUGCCUCUCACGAGGGGUUUGCCAACGAUAGCUUACUGGUAUGGUGCCUUAGCUGGACCAAUUGUUGAUCCACAUGUGACAGCAGUUUGGGGGAAGAAGGUUGCACUGAAAUGCAUAAUCGAUGUAAAUGAAACAAUAACACAAGUUUCUUGGGAGAAGAUACAUGGUAAAAGUUCACAGACUAUUGCUGUUCAUCAUCCCGAAUAUGGAAUAUCUGUUCAAGGAGAAUACCAAGGAAGAGUGUCAUUUAAAAACUACUCACUUACUGAUGCAACAAUCAUCUUAAAAAAUGUAAGCUUUUCUGAUGCAGGAGAAUAUAUUUGCAAGGCAGUUACAUUCCCGCUUGGAAAUACACAGUCAUCAACAACUGUAACAGUACUAGUUGAACCUGUUGUGAGCUUAACAAAAGGACCAAAUCCUCUAAUAGAUGGUGCAAAUCGGACAAUAGCAGCCACUUGUACAGCAGCCACUGGAAAACCUGCUGCAGAGAUUGACUGGGAAGGAGGUCUUGGUGAAAUGGAAUCCAGCUCUACUUUGUUUCCAAAUGAAACGGUGACAGUUGUAAGUCAGUAUAUGAUUGUCCCUACACGAUUUGCAAGAGGAAGACGUAUAACUUGUAUUGUGAGGCACCCUGCUUUGGAAAAAGAGUUAAGAUACCCUCAUGUGUUGGACAUACAGUAUGCCCCAGAAGUUUCAGUAACUGGCUAUGAUGGAAACUGGUUCAUUGGAAGAGAGAACGUUCAGCUCAGAUGUAAUGCUGAUGCUAAUCCAUUACCUAUGGAAUUUAUGUGGACCAGGUUGGAUGGACAAUGGCCUGAAGGAUUGCUGUCUGUCAACAAUACUCUGCAGUUCAGCAGCCCAUUGACUUACAACUACACUGGGACUUAUAUCUGUAAGGUGACUAAUUCCCUUGGUCAGAGAAGUGAUCAGAAGACUAUCUACAUAUUAGAUGUGCCAUUUAAGCAGACAUCUUCUGUUGCUGUAGCAGGGGCUGUGAUAGGAGCAGUCCUUGCUCUUUUUAUCAUUACCAUCUUUGUGACAGUGCUGCUGACCCCAAGGAAAAAAAGGCCAUCCUAUCUUGACAAAGUGAUUGAUCUUCCACCCACUCACAAACCAUCCUCCUGUGAGGAGAGAGCAUUCUCUGUAACACAGAAAGAAGCUAUGCUUCAGAAAGAACAUUUUGCUUUGCAAAACCAGUACAGAGAGAAAGAUGCUGGAAACUUGCAGCACAUGAAAGCUGUGAAUGGAAGGCAACUUACUUGCGAGGCUGAAGAGCCACAGGAACAAGAAGGUCUUCAGCAUAUGUAUCCUGUUUAUCAGCAAACAUACUACAAAAAUUGGAGCAGCAGAUACCCGCAAAACUCGGGACCUGGAAGAGUCUACAUCAAUCCAAGGGAGCAUUAUGUAUGAUUCUGUACCCAGGUGUCUUAACUUUUAAGAUACGAGGGUUUUAAUAUCUGUUGACUGUAUGACCAAUAUGUCUCAUUGGCUUUCACCUCUAAAAUAAUCAGUCUUUUUUCCUGUGGGAAGAAAUUGCAUGGAGAAUUUUAUAUAGGUAAACCCUAUGGAAUUUGAGACUUAACUUGCUUCUAGUCUUUGGUAUGUAUUUGUUUUUGUAGUUAUAUCAACCUGCCAAAAGAGGAGAGCCAUUUAGCUUUAUUAAUCUUCGUAGUCAUAAGACAUAUAGAUUAGGUGAAUUGGUUGGCAUGUGCCAAAAUGUACUUAAGCUGUUUCCCUGGUUAUUUCUGGGAGCAUUCCCUCUCUGAAUGGCUAUUUUACAAUAACCUUACCUAUGUAGAAGUGAGUAAGUAUGAGCGAAACAACUGAAUCCCUGGUGACAUAAGCAGUCUCAGGCUGAGAGUCAUUUUUUUGCAUCUUAGAAAACUUGGGAUAAUUAUCAUUUUGACUGGCCUUAGCUAUUGAUUUCUCAACUAGGUCUACCUCUCUGUCAAAUGAGCAACUAGACUACCUCUCAAAUACUGACUUGCUGUUUCAUAAUGUGUGUUGUGUGUCUUCCCACCUCGUUAAAAGUAAAGCAAUUUCCUUACAUCGGAAACUUUUUGUUUUGUAUUGAUCCUGGCUGUCAGUUGCUGUACUUGCUGGUUGUAGUUUCACAGUAGGUCUAUAUGAAACUUAGUUGCAGGAAGUAGAUGACUAGGCAGACGAAACUUCCUGAAAGUGUCUUUAUGUGUAGCUGUAUCUUACCUACAAAUUGCUAUUUAGCCAUUUUUUCCAAGUAUGACUCCCAUGUUAAGUGUUGCAGAGUUUGUGUUGCUUGGUAAUAAAUACAUUUCACGUUCUUUGGUUUCUUCUCAGUUCGCAAGAAAACUGCCUAUGUUGUUCUUACGUCUUAGCAAGAAAAGGAAAGUUUCAGUAGACUUCAAGUAGUUUUCAGCACUGUCCUUUAAUCUUAACCAGUAGUGUGAAGUAACUGGACAAUGUCCUGAUGUUACCAGUGCUAACAGGAUUCCACAUGAAAAUUUGAAUGUGGGGCAAGGUUUGAAAAAUGUGCUCAGGAUCUUUUUAGAAAAAUAAGUUUUCCUUUGGAGUAAAAAAAAAUAUUUAGCAAGUAAAAAAAAAAAUUAUAUAUAAUGUAUUAGUGCUGAAAUGAGCUCACAGGACAAUCUUGAAAUAUUUCAAGACAGCAGGAAAUAAGACACUAAAAUUUGCUGGAGAAACUUAAACAACUUGUGUCCGUUCUGUACACAUAAGUACAGAAUAAUGAUUUUUCAGUCAGAUGACCUUAAGACAAAAUGUUGAGAAGAAUGGCUGUGUUGUACUGAACUAGCUUUUGAUACAGGCUCAAACAUUACUUCUGUGAUAUUAGUGUUGUCUCUGCAGAUGAUUGGAUUUUUCAGAGGGAAGAGUCAUAGUUGUAGAAGCAAUAGAAUUGAAAGCUAGUAUAGUUAAGUGUGCUGCAGGCAGGAUGCCGUUAUAAAACCUGUAUUCAACCUGCGUUCAUCUCCGUCAUAGUAAAAGUUAGAGUUCCCUAUCCACAAUAGGGAUAGGCAAAUAUUUCUAGUUUGUUACAGGUAGCAGCUAGAAGAUUAUGGCUUAGGUGCCCAUGUUCUGGACACUGCACAGGCAGACAUUGACUGUUCUCUUGUUGAGCAACUUUCUGUUACACAAUGUGGAUGAAGUUGGCAGCUGAAGGAAUGGCAAAGAAAGGUUGGAGAGAACCUGUUUCUCGGGAGCUUUCUUUGAACCACUGUCAACUUGCUUUUCUGUUAGGGACCGAGCACAUUCAUGUAAAUUGAGCAAUUGUUUAAAACUUUAAAGCCUCCUGCUGUAUUUGAGACCUAAAAGAAGGGCUUGUUUGUGUGCCCCAAAAAUACGUUUUCCAAUAAUGUCAGUUUAAGUAGCUACCUCUUUCCACAAGCAUUGCCUCACCUAUCCUUACAUUACUGCAGCUCCAAAAAACAUCUACUGCCAGAACAUGAAAAGAAAAGUGUCUUGGCCAAAUGUUAAAGCAAAUAGAGUGACAGAACAUUGAGAUAAACUAUAUUGCUUGAGGUAAUUUGAUCAAUAUCACUGAGAACUUCAUACAAAAAAUAUUUGGAUAUACAUUAUAGGGUGGUUCAAAACAGUGUUAUUGUGAUAAUGCUUCCAUUACAUUCACUAGUACAAUGUGAUACUGAGCAGGUGAUCAUUUCGGUUCCUAUUAUGUUGGCAGAUGAUGUAAAAACCAAUUAUUUUGGGUUCAGACCUCUUCUACUGCUUUUUAUUCUUAUUUGCAGAAACAUUUUUGUUUGAAGAGUUGAAACUUUAGGGGAAGGAGGGAGGAAGGAAGAAUGCUAUCAACAAAGCUAUAAUCGCUUUUUUGAAUUUGUAAAAAUAGCUUAAAAAAGAAAAAUGUAGUCCAACUGUGUUGCCCAAGUUUAUGUAUUAACAAACUAGAGAGAGCUUGAAUUGCAACCUACCCGUCAGCAUGUAGUUUGCCCUAAAGUCAUUAGGGAAAUAUAUUAUCAUGUUUAUUACCGGUGAGAAAUGGUUUCUUUGUAAUCUGUUCAGGGACAUUUAGUGUGUUAGGUUUUUUUGAAAUGUUGCUUGCAGUCUUAAGUGUGUCUGGAUUCUGGGGGCGGGGAUUUGACAUAGAAUGCUCUGAAGAGAACAGAAAAAUGUCUGCUGAUUAGGAUUUCCCACAGAAAGGAUUGCACAUAUAGAAGUAAGUUUGAUCUGCUUUUUUAACAUGUAGGAAAUGUCUUUUUUUAUUUUUGUACAUUU